AUGUCUAAAACAACAAAAAUAUUUAUUAUUAAUAAUUUUAUUUGUAUUUUACUUCAACUUAUUAUUCUGAAUAAUAAUAAAGCCUUUUCUUCUGAGAGGCAACACAAAUUUCGAGGGUUAAUAGAACCUAGUAUUUAUUUUUAUAAUGGAAUUCCAAAACCAAUUUUAUGGAAAAUAGAAAUAAAAUGUUUGCAUGGUUGUGAUGAUUGGUUUAGAUUUUAUAUAGAAGCUACUAAUGACAAUGUUGACAAAGCUGGCGCUUUUGAAAUAAAACUAAUUGCUGGGAAGAAAAAGGAAGGAAUUGGAUAUAAAAAAAUUAGCCAAAUUCGUGUUCACAUUAGAUCGAUGGAUUUAUUAGCUGGACAAUUUAGGAAGUAUACAUGGGAAAAUGUUAUGCCACAAUUGGACAAAGUUCAUAUAUUUCAAUUUGGCCACUUUGAACAACUUUCCCUGGAUCAAAACUUUUACCUCAAUUUUAAAUUUGUUGAACAAUUACCUUCAAUCGAAAUGAGCGUUAAUGGGUUAUUAAAAUUUAAAAAAUACGUGGCUAUGAUUAACGGGAAAUCGCCAGUUACAGAACAAGUAGGUCUAAAUAUGUUGAGUGAAAUUGCUCAGAAAUUUUCUGAGAAAGAAUUAAAUGAAAGGGAAUAUUUGGGAAUAAAUGAGAUAAAAAUGGAAUUGGAUGAAUAUUUUGGAAGAGGGGCUUUAAAUUUUAGUUCUUAUUUGAAGAACAAUGAAGAUCCUUUAUUGAAUUUCUUUGUUAAACAGGUAAAUAUUCAAAAAAUUUAG